AUCAAAAACCCUUCUCACACUCCACCAAAUUUUCAAACACAACAUAUUAAUACACACCCCUCUCCUUCUCCACCAUCAAUCUCUCAAAGCCGGUCGAAGACCUUCGGUUCGUCUUUGUCGUCGUUAAUCAAGAACCAGGGUCAUGAAGCAAAAGGUGGUGAUCAAGUUGUCUGUGAAUGAUGAAAGGGCCAGGGCCAAAGCUAUGAAGACUGCAGUUGGGGUCGAUGGCGUAAACUCAGCAAGUUAUCAGCAAGAUAAGAACCAAAUGGAGGUAAUGGGGGAAGGGAUUGAUGUGGUUCUGCUCACAACUUCGCUUAGAAAAAGAAAAAGCUUGAAGUAUGCUGAGGUGGUGAGUGUGAGCCCUGUGGAGGAAAAAAAGAAAGAGGAAAAGAAAGAGGAAAAGAAAGAGGAGAAGAAGAGCGAGCCUGCAGAGCUACAGUAUUUCAUGGGUUACCCUCAAUAUGUGGUGACUUAUCCUUCGUAUGAAGAACCCCCCAAUAUAUGCACCAUUCUGUGAUUAAUAACUAAUUAUAAGUUCCAGCCUCUCCACACACUCGGUUCCGCGUUAUCCAUAAUAGUAUUAUGAGAGAAAAACAAAACCAGUAAUAAUUUCUUACCCUUUAGUUUCAUUUUCCACACCAUCAUUUAGAGUACUGCAUAAUAUAUAUGUUUAAAUUUCUGUCAUGGUCAACGGUGAAAAUGAAAAUUGCAUGGUUUCUUUUC